AUGGGAGACACUGUUCCGAACAGUUUCAAGAGCAUAGACGCAAGGUCCAAGUUGGAUUUGAGGGUUCUGCCUUCUGCAUUAGUAGCUCAUCUUGAUACAUGCCUGGGCAGUUCGCAGCUGUAUAACGCUGGCGCACACAAUGAAUACCCAUCCUUUGCGUCAAUGAAAAACGAAUAUGAAAUCCCUGAUGCAAUUUGGCAAAGCCUUAAAAACAUAAUGCAUUCAAGCAAUAGCAUUGCCAACAAACUGAAAAGGGUAGAUUCCUUAAAGCCUUGCAAUAUUAACGAAAGAACACAAAAAGAGGUGUACAGGCACAUACUAAGCAUGCACCUAUACAAGGCGCAUUUGUUUUCCGAUGGACAAAUAAAAAAUUAUUCAGAGGAAGAUUACAAAGUGAAGUUCUGGUCUUUUAUUUUGGAAGAAUUCUUUGGUAGUUCUUCUGUAGUCAUCAGUGUUUAA